AUGAAGCGUAAGACUAACGGUCGAGAGUCGCUGGAUGGCAAUGGCCAGCCCGACACCAAGAAGCGAGCUCUGUCGAGCGAAGAGGUCGCAUUGCGCUUCCGCGACGGUCUGUUCGAACCCGCGGAGCUCCAGAAGUAUACCAAAGCCUAUACCCAAUCUGCUCCUUAUAAACAUGGUGUCAUCCAUCCUUUGAUCGAGCCAACUCUUCUGCGGUCCGUCCGCGACGAAAUCCAAGCGCAUCUUGAUUUCACCGAGAAGGAAACUGAUAUCUAUAAGAUCUUCCAGUCCGGAGAUCUCGCGAACUUGGACGGACUCGAUGAUACAUCUUUGUCUCGAUUACCGUCAAUCCUUAAGCUUCGUGAUGCCCUGUACUCAGCCCGGUUCCGCGAGUAUCUGUCGUCCGUCACUGGCUCGGGGAAACUCAGCGGGCGCAAAACCGAUAUGGCGAUCAACAUCUACAAUGAGGGCUGCCAUCUUCUCUGUCACGACGAUGUGAUUGGAAGCCGACGUGUCAGCUACAUCCUGUACCUGACGGAUCCCGAUACUCGCUGGCAGGCCGAAUGGGGCGGUGCUCUACGACUAUAUCCUACCUCCACCAAGAAGGAUGCGAACGGGGAGGACGUUAAAGUCCCGAGCCCGGACUUCAGCCUUAGCAUCCCGCCGGCCUUUAACCAACUGAGUUUCUUCACCGUCCAGCCCGGAGAGAGUUUCCAUGAUGUUGAGGAAGUCUACCACGCCAAGGAGGGCGACGACAAGACCCAAAAGCGGGUCCGGAUGGCGAUCAGCGGCUGGUUCCAUAUCCCUCAAAGGGGCGAAGACGGGUAUGAAGAAGGAUUAGAAGAAAAACUCGCGGAGCGCAGCAGUCUGGCGCAGCUCCAGGGACGCGCCGAUCUCUAUGACCUCCCGCAGCCAAAGACCGUGACCUGCGACGAUGACCCUGCCGAGGAUGAUGUCAAGGGCAAGGGCAAAACCAAGAUGGAGGAAGAACCCGGCGCCGACUUCACCGAGUCCGAUCUUGAUUUCCUCGUACAAUAUAUCGCACCGUCAUAUCUUACGCCGGACAUCGCUGAAGAAAUGUCCGAGGCGUUCGGCAACGAGUCGUCCCUGAAUCUCGAGCAUUUCCUAUCAGAGAAGUUCGCGGCCAAGGUGCGAGCAUAUAUCGAAGAGCAGGAGAAGCAGACGCUGCCGGGCUCCUCCGAUGAAAUUCAAUCGCAGACCGAGUGGACCGUCGCCCGACCACCCCACAAGCACCGAUAUCUGUUCCAGGAGCAUUCCACCGCCACCCAGGGCCAAGAGACUCCAGUCCAAGCACUCAUCAACAAUCUCUUCCCGUCCAAGGCCUUUCGCAAAUGGCUGGCCUUGAUCACAGGCGCAGAACGCAUCACGCGCUACAACUUUCUUGCUCGCCGUUUCCGUCGCGGACAGGACUAUACCCUGGCCAGCGGCUACGCCGGAGAAGAGCCACGACUCGAGCUGACUCUAUGUCUGACCCCAACCGCCGGGUGGGAAAAGGACCACGAGGGCGAGGACGAGGGUGAGGGCGAGGGCAGUGGCAACUCGGAAGAAAAUCCCAAGUCCCAGCCCGGCGAGGAGACCUCGGUGGGUGGCUACGAAAUCUACAUGGCCGGGGACGAUGAGGAGGAUGGUAGCGGCAAGGCUGAUCCAGCUAUUUACCGGUCCGCCGCGGAAGACGAGGACGACGGGAUUCUUUUCAGUACCGCGGCUGGAUGGAACCGCCUCAGCGUUGUGCUACGCGAUAGCGGGACACUCAAGUUUGUGAAGUACGUGAGUGCAGCCGCGAAGGGUGACCGAUGGGAUAUUACCGGUGAGAUGGGGGUCGAGUUUAAUGAGGACGAAGACGAAGACGAAGACGAAGACGAUGAUGAUAUGGACGAAGAGUAA